ACUGUGCUGCUCUUGGUUUCCUAGAGCCCUGUUGGUCCAACUCCGGACAAUUUGAUGAUAGCGGUUUUGGUGGGAGCCUGUUGCGUGUGGCAUGGGCACUGGGGAUUAUAUUUGUGUAACGGUGCGCGGAGGCGCGCCCUGGGGCUUCAGUCUCUGCGAAGGAGAGGGGGAUGCCCACCGACCUUUGCAGGUUUAUCAGGUGGAAGAGGGGGGUCGUGCGUCCCUGGCCGGGGUUUGUGAGGGGGAUGAGGUGGUGUCGCUGAAUGGAGAACCCUGCGGUGACCUUUCCCUCCCAGAAGCUAUUGCUCUGAUUGACGCCUGCGUCGACCGCCUGCAAUUACUGGUCAAAAGAUGCUGCGCACUAACCCCCAAGGCAUUUAAUUCAGAGGAGACCUACUUUGGCACAAGGGAGUCCUCUGGUGAGGCUUUGGAAAGCACCAACCUCCGCAUCCUGUCCCUUGGCAGGUCCCAACCACCCAGAGAGCUCUACAUCGUUGAGUCCCAGGAUGAGGCCUACUACCGGGAGACAGAGAGUGACACUGAGGCCGCCAGAGGGACCCAUCUGGUCCAUACCCAGCUCUGCGUGCCCGCACCUGGGGAGUGCAGCGGCCCAGAGUCCCAGUUACUCGGAGGGGGAGGGGACGGAGGUCAAGCGGGACCCCAGGGAGGGGGUUUCUCCCCAGGGGCAAUGGUGGAGCUCCAGUUGUCCCUCUCUGAACACACCCUGGAGGAUCCUGUCUGCACCUCCCUGGGGAGUGCUCUUGGAAUAGAGGGGGAGAUCCAGGCGAGAGAGGCCCUCCAGAACAAGGCCCUCCUCCAUACCACCACCCACUCGCUCUACGUCUGUGGCCCAGCUAGGGAGCCCCUGAGUCAGCAUGGAGUGGUGGAGAUCACCCUGCAGCAUCCUGCAGCCGGAAGGGGUUCUCCACGUCUGGUAGAGGGUGCCAUUGGGGCCAGUGGAAAUGUUGGUGGAGCCCCCAGGGAGGAAGGAGCAGGGCAAAGACAGGGAGCUCCUGCCUCCUUCACUGUCUCCUUCGGAAUUCCCAAAGAGGGUGCCGAGCCGGCAGAGGAGCCAGACUCGGAUUCGGAGGAGGACCUUGGGAAACCCAACAAGCACCGGGCCAGGCACGCCAGGCUCAGGCGCAGUGAGAGCCUGUCAGACAAGCAGGUGAAGGAGGCCAAGUCUAAAUGUAAGCGCAUUGCUAUUCUUCUGAACGCUGACGCUCCCAACCCCAACAACAAGGGGGUGUUGAUGUUCAAGAGGCAUCGACAGAGGGCCAAGAAGUACACACUCGUCAGCUACGGCACUGGUGAGAGCGAACCAGAGUACGAGGACGACGACAGCGAGGAGGAGGAAGACUACGAGGAAAAAGACCCCCGAGCGAUCAAAUUUACCCUCGUAGCCACCACCAGCGAGUCAGAGCUUGACGAGGACUUCAUUACUAAUGCCCAUGGUGGAGGCAGAGUGAUAACCUGCGACUGGGACACGGGACUACUCAAGAUCGAGCGCAAGCUCAAUUCCGGGGAAGAGAUGGAGCAACUGCCCAACACCAUGGGCAAGGGGGCCACAAUGUUUUCCCAGCGCCGCCAGCGCAUGGACGAGAUCGCUGCCGAACAUGAGGAGAUGAGGCGCCAGGGGAUUCCUGUGGAGGGAGUGCAGGAGGUGGAGAAGCAUGCAGCCUACCAGCAGAUGGAGGAGCGCUCGUACAUGCAGGCCACCACAGAGAGCCAGGCCUACAUGGACGUGAACGUGCACCAGAAGCAGCAGCAACAGUAUCAGCAGUUCCAAGAGCAGCAGUAUUACGAGCAGCAACAGCAGCAGCAGCAAUACCAGCAGCAGCAGCAAUACCAGCAGCAACAACAGUACGAGCAGCAGCAAUACAACCAGCAGCAGCAAUACCAGCAGCAACAAUAUCAACAACAGCAGCAGUACCACCAGCAGCAGCAAAUUCAACAGUACUCGUCUAACAUGAACGGUGUCGCCAACCACCAAAGCAAUGAAAUGCAGAGUUCCAUGAGCAAUCGAACCCCCCAAUCCUUCUCGGUACAAAACCAGGUGCCCGUUCCAUUUCUUCCUCCAGUGAGUGGGAACAACCAAGAAGCGAUGAGUCAGGGGGAGCAGAUUGCCUCGCGCGACGAGCGCAUUUCAACCCCGGCUAUUAAGUCUGGGAUUUUGCAGGACACAAGGAACCGAUUCAAGGGCAAGCCAAUGUUCAAUUUCAAACAGGCUCCCAAAGUGCCACCCAACCCGGAGCUUAUGAAUCUCCUCAACAGGAGUGACAAGAAGUUGGAUUUCGAGUCCGCUACGGAGGAGGACUACCUUAGCUUGGGGGCUGAGGCUUGCAACUUUCUCCAGUCACCAAGGGUCAAACAUAAGACGCCUCCACCAGUCGCUCCCAAGCCUAUCAUUAACCCCAACUCUCCGCCUUGGUCCCCUCAGCCUGAGCUGGCCAACCAGGAGUUGCCACUGCAUGCUGAAAAUAGUGUCCCUGCACCUGCUACAGCCUCCGAGCCGGAGUCCGCCCCUGCUCCAGAACUGGAUCCAACCCCUGUCCCGGCUCCAGAACCCUCCCCUCCUCUUGCACCCCAGGAAGUUCCUGCCAACACCCCCUCUCCAGAAAAACACACAUGGAGUCCUCCAGGGUCCCAGGCAGAGCAGCAGCCCCAGCAAGCGCCAGCCUGGGGAAGAAAUGGACCUUCUCCACCUCAGCCUCAUUCCCAACCCGAGCCUCAAGUGAGUUCUAAGGCUCCAGCACAAACACAGGCACAACAGCAGCCACAACUGCAGCCACCCGUGAGUACUUGGACACCUGCUGAAAUGAAGCCCCAGGCUCCAGCUCCAAGUCAGUCCCCACCACAGCUCCCUUGGGUGACUCCCCAGCCUCCUCCUCCUCAGCCUCAAGCUCAGCCUCAGCCACCAAUUAAUUAUUGGGCUGCGCAGCCCCAAUGGGCUCAACCUCAAGAGCAAGCACAGGCCCAGCCACCAUGGGUUCAGCCUCAAGAACAAGUACAGCAACAGCCCCUGUCACCUUGGGCUCAGCCUCAAGAACAAGUUCAGCAACAGCCCCAGCCACCAUGGACUCAGCCUCAAGAACAAGCACAGGUCCAGCCAACAUGGGUUCAACCUCAAGAACAAGUCCAGCAACAGCCCCAGCCACCUUGGGCUCAGCCUCAAGAACAAGUUCAGCAACAGCCCCAGCCACCAUGGGCUCAGCCUCAAGAACAAGCACAGGCCCAGCCACCAUGGGUUCAACCUCAAGUUCAGCAACAGCCCCAGCCACCAUGGGCUCAGCCUCAAGAACAAGUUCAGCAACAGCCCCAGCCACCUUGGGUUCAGCCUCAAGAACAUGUACAGCAACAGCCGCAGCCACCAUGGGGGCAACAACCUCAGCCUCCACAACAGGCUUGGCCCCAGGCCCAGGCCCAGCCUCAGCCACCUUGGGUGUCAUCACCUCAGUCUCCAAUGAAUGCAUGGACACCACCACAGAGCCAGGCCCAGCCACCACAGCCACCUUGGGCCCAAUCAGCCCAACCCCAACCUACAGCUCAGCCCCAACCCCAUAUGAAUACAUGGGCCCAAGCACCUGCUCAGGCUCAAGCACAGCUACCCAUUAAUGCCUGGACCCCAGAUCAGAAUCAGGUCCAGCCACAGUCACAUUGGGCCCAAACAACGCCAACCCAAUCCCCAUCCCAGCAAAGCUGGCAACAGCCACCUCCACAGCAGACACCCCCACAGCCACCUAUGAAUGCAUGGGCCCCGGCUCAGGCACCGCCUCAGACACACACAAGUACCUGGGACCCCACAACCACAGCAAGCCCCAGUAAAUACCCAGACCCCGAUGGACAAAGUGGCUCAACCUUCUCCGAAACCUGGGAAUGCGCCACAAAAUGCUCCCCGUUCUAUUCCACCGCCUCGCCCACAGCGAAUGAAUUCUUACACGCUUGGAGAAAGGUCAUCGUCACCCCUCAUCAAUCCAAUGGCCAGCGUCUUGGUACCAGUGCGAGGCAUGGGCUCAGCUUUGUCGAUGCCGCUGUUACAGGGAAAGGAGCCGAUUUGUUCGCCAAGAGGCAGUCUCGUAUGGAGAAGUAUGUCGUGGAUUCAGACACUGUGCUGGCAGCCACUGCACAGGCAGCCCAGCAAGCCCAGGCAGCCACUGCGCAGGAAAACAAGGCAAGGUCCACAUCGCCCUCUCCCUCCGUACCUCAUUCGUGGAAAUAUUCACCCAAUUGCAGAGCUCCCCCUACAUCAAAUUACAACCCCAUACAGUCCCCGUCCUACCCACCAGGGGCUAUUAAGCAACCCCCUCCAUCUAGCCCUGCAGCCAAAGCCAAGAAAGGGAAAGGCAAACCUGCCUGCAAACCCCUUGCUGUUAUAGAUGUCAUGAAACAUCAGCCGUAUCAGCUCAAUGCCUCCCUUUUUACAUAUGGCCCAGCAGUGGAGGCUGCCGAGGCUGCCAAGGCCGCUGCACCAAAGCCUGCCCCAGCCCCUGCCCCAGUCCCUCCAAACCAAAACCAACCAGUCAGAUAUGAGCAACUUUCCCCUGUCCAGCCGGCUGGACCAAUGAAUGCUGCCUAUCCACAGCAGCCUCAGCACCCUCAGCAGCCCUAUGGGAUGCCCCCUCAACCACACAUGCACGAUAGUCCCUACCACCAAGUCCCACCUAAUGCUUACCAGACACCUAACAACCCCUACCAGCAAGCUCCUGCUGGCCCUUACCAACAACCAUAUAAUCCCCUUUACCAACAAGCCCCUCCAGCCCCUUAUCUACCCCAGCACCAUCCCCAGCCCCAAGCUCCAAACCCUUCCUUCCAACCGACCCCCCAAGGUCCAUAUCAGCCAGCCCAUAGCCCCCCUUACCAAGCAGCACCCCAAGCCCCCUACCAGCCACUACCUCCCAGUACCUAUGUGGUCCCCAGCUUUCCGAUAGCGGCAAAGCCUGAGUCCAUCUCUGGGGGCAGCACCGCUCCAAAGCCCAGGUUCAUGGCCAAAAAGAGUUCAGCCCAGGUAUGGAAGCCAGCAGCUGUGGAGAAAGAAGUCUGUGAGCAGGCUUUAACAGAAUGUGAACAGGAGUUUGGCCGGAGCUACACUCUGUCCCCACCCGCCGCCAAAGCACCAUCGCUGGGCCUCCGGUCAUCGUCUGGAUCCCGCUUUCCCUCAUACAAACCCCUGGUACAGGCCUCGUCUGCUCAGGCCCCCCCGGGAAAGCAGACGUCAUGGCUGGACAGGAGUUACAAGCCUCCUUCCCCCUGGGAGGCCGCAGCCCACCACCCCAUGGGCCUGGUUGACGAGGCCUUCGCCUUCCAGAACCUCCAGCAGGCCAUCGCCUUCAACGUGCGCUCGGCUGCCCAGCGCAAGCUCCUCCCUGAACCCCCUGCCGAGUGGAAGGCUAGGGUGUCUUACGAUCCUCCCAGGAAGACUGAGGUAUGGAACCCGAACCAGAGAUGGAACAAGAGACAGAGCUGGGGUAAGAGCCAGGGUCAGAGCCAGGGUCAGAGCCAGGAUCAGAGCCAGGGUCAGAGCAAGGGUCAGAGCCAGGAUCAGAGCCAGGGUCAGAGCCAGGGUCAGAACCAGGGUCAGAACCAGGAUCAGAGUCGGAGUUACAGCAGAGUUAUGCCUCCGUUCCUGUCCCCGACCAAGAGCAUAGCCUCGGCCCCCGCCGGUUCGACUGGCUACAGGUCCCUGCCCAGACAGUGGCAGCCACAGAGGUCCCUGACGGAGACCAACAUCGGGCCCUCUGGGGCUAUUCAUGGUACGGAAGGCCCCUGGGGGGCCAGCAGCAGCCGAGCUACAGAUCUGUGUACAACACUAGCUGGAGCUGGAGACAAGAACAAGAACAAAAAGUAA